UUCCGAGUUAGAUCUUUCCAGUUGCCAUCACGCCCGAGAGUGUAUAUAAGGGGACCACGGUGUCGAGCGAUUUUCAAUUUUCGUCCGUCAGCCAAAGCUCGCACAAACGAACUGUCGUUCACUUGUUCCCGCGCAUAUUUUCAUUGUUUUCGUGUCGUUAUUGCAACGUGUGUAUCCUCGUAAUACUCAUGUCUUUGGAACGUGCAGUUCGUGCUAAACUCGCUUCCAAGCGAGACCCCCAACAAGAGAAGGAAGCCCAGGAAUGGAUGGAAGCGAUAUUGGGAUAUAAAUUCCCCAAGAACUUCCCGUUGGAGGAAUACAUCAAGGACGGCCAAGUACUGUGCAAACUCAUCAAUGUCAUUAGCCCUGGAAGUGUACCAAAAUACAACACUACCGGAGGACAGUUCAAAAUGAUGGAAAACAUUAACAUUUUCCAGAAGGCUAUCAAAGCGUACGGAGUCGCCGACAUUGACGUUUUUCAGACCGUCGACCUGUGGGAGUGCAAAGAUUUCUCCCAAGUGGUGAUGACCCUGUACGCUCUGGGCCGUGAGACAUACAGACACCCAGAAUGGAAGGGACCUUACUUGGGACCCAAACCUUCCGAUGAGGCUAAGCGAGAUUUCUCAGAGGAAACACUGAAGGCCGGUCAAACCAUCAUUGGGUUGCAGGCUGGACAAAACAAAGGUGCCACACAAGCGGGCCAAAACUUAGGCGCUGGCAGGAAGAUCAUUAUCGGCAAAUAAUCACGCCACACACCAUGCACUACCCGACGAGUACCAUUUAAUAUAAUAUUAUAUUAUAAUAAUUUAUAUAAUAUUUUAUGUUAUAUA